AUGACCUCGACCCUCACUAUCCAACCAACCCGUCUUCCACUCACCGUCAUCCACUCCCCAGAUAUGCCAUCAGCAUCCAAGAUCUCAGAAAGACCUUACACUUGGCCCGAGGUUCGUGAUAUCAUCAAGCACAACGACUUGGAGGCGUUUGCCAGACUGGAUGUGCAAACGGAAAGCUACCUCGCGUUCAAGAGGUACUUGAAGCAGCACAACUCCACUGUUUUCCGCCACAUCGUUACCCAUACUUUGGGCUGGAGACGCCCAGAGGAGUUGGUGGGAGUCAAAGAUAACGAAAUCACCGUCACCGCCUCGGGGGACCCGCUAUUCACCAAUGCAGACGAUUUGAAGAUUGUAAGAAACGAUUUCCCUUACUACUUCGAGGAUGACGUGACACACUUGUGUGUUUGGACCAAGAAGAGGAUAAUGAGCGACCCAAACUCCCCCAUCGGCGAUCUUGCGCCAGAAACUAGAGACCUUAUAGAGAAGUACGUGGUUGAAACCUUUGUGAAGCAGCUAGGCAUUCCCAGAGAGAGCUUGGUGUGGUUCCGCAACUGGGAGGCACUUCAGAGCGUCAAGGAGAUCAGCCAUGUGCAUGUUGUUAUCAAGGGCAUGUCUAAAAACCAGCUAGAUCAGGUCUUGGGCACUGCGGGCGUUACUUUGAGUAAAGCUUGA